AUGCAUCAGCACGCUUUAGCCCUCAAAUUCCAUUCCUAUUCUCCUCACUAUGCUUUACCUCUCUCCGAUUUCUCCCUCCAAAGCCCUAAUUCUCUCCUCCGUCAUUUCCCGCGCUUGACCGGCUCAGUCUCCCUCCGUUGCCGGAGCGUCCCAGCCGAUGUAUCUCCGGUUAAAUACGCCACUGGCUCCUCAAUCGGGAAAAUCGGAGGUCUUGUGGUUGCUGACAAACCUAUCGAUGUCGCAACUUUGGGUAAUCUCUGCGUCGACAUUGUUCUCAGUGUUCGUGAAUUGCCACCGCCUUCUCGCCGCGAACGCAAGGCGUUAAUGGACGAACUCUCUACUUCUCCCCCAGAUAAGAAAUACUGGGAAGCAGGUGGCAACUGUAACAUGGCUAUAGCAGCUGCUAGACUGGGGCUUCACUGUGUUGCUAUUGGUCACGUUGGGGAUGAGAUUUAUGGAGAGUUUCUUCUAGAUGUGCUUCAUGAGGAAGGGAUAAGUACGGUUGCAUUGGAUGGAGAAGCAAAUGCCAAAGAUACCAGCUCAUUCUGUGAUACGCUUAUUUGCUGGGUUCUUGUGGAUCCUUUGCAGAGGCAUGGCUUUUGCAGUCGGGCUGAUUUCAAGGAGGAACCUGCUUUCAAUUGGAUAACUGAUCUACCUGAAGAUGUAAAGAUGGCAAUCCGACAGUCAAAAGUUCUUUUCUGCAAUGGUUAUGACUUUGACGAUUUCAGCCCUAGUUUUAUAAUGUCAACAAUAGAUUAUGCAACCAAAGUUGGGACAGCUGUCUUCUUUGAUCCUGGACCACGGGGAAAGAGUCUUUCCAAGGGAACUCCUGAUGAGCGUAAAGCACUUGCUCACUUCUUAAGAAUGAGUGAUGUUCUUCUUCUAACAUCUGAGGAGGCAGAGGCUCUAACUGGCAUCAGGAACCCUGUAAAAGCAGGACAAGAAAUUCUGAGGAAUGGAAAGGGAACAAAAUGGGUGAUUGUAAAGAUGGGCUCAAAAGGUUCAAUCUUAGUGACGAAAUCUAGUGUCUCGGUGGCACCUGCGUUUAAGGUGGAAGUGGUUGACACUGUUGGAUGUGGAGACAGUUUUGUGGCUGCAAUCGCAUUGGGUUAUAUACGCAACAUGCCGCUUGUUAAUACCUUAACAAUUGCGAAUGCGGUUGGAGCAGCAACUGCAAUGGGUUGUGGAGCAGGUAGAAGUGUUGCAAAAAGACAUCAAGUGGUGGAUCUCAUUAAGGCCUCAAAACUCAAUGAUGAAGAAAACCUUAUCGAAGAACUACUCGCCGAAAACCCGGAAUCCCCUAGAAUCAAUUUUCUUUCAAAAGGGAUGAGAAAGGAAGGGAGCAACAAGCAGCUGGUAGAAACAAUCUCUAUGGAAAAAGUGGUUUCUGAAUUGCUUCCAGAGCUUGAACUUGGGAGGUGUUGUGUAAAGGCUUCAUCUUGA